AUGGCGCCUUCACACUCGUUUAUCCUUUUCUUGUCAUUCGUUUUGAGCCCACUCGUUUUGGCCGCUCCUUGGAUUGUCACAGACUACUACGAGGAAGUAACUACCUCGAGGUACUAUUAUGGGCUUACCACUGAAAUCAACCAAAUCUCUCCAACGGCAACUUUGCCAGAUGAGGCCUUGUCCACCAUUACUUCCACUGAAACCGACUAUGACUACACCGUCAUUGAAAAGCUGUACCCCACCGGCUAUGGUGUAGACCGUCCUUACAACAAUUACUACGAUAUUUCUGUUGACCGCGAUGGCAAAUAUCAUACCACCGUCUACAAGGUCAACCUGACUUUUUCAGCCCCAACGGCCUGCUCUACUCAAUGGACCACCACAACCGCCGUCGAGAUCACCCCUCCCGCUGAUAUCAGGAACUUGUUGCCUCGGGAGACUGUAGUAAGCUCGACCUCGGUGGACAACGACCUAGCAUUCCAGCCCACCACGUACAUCUACGAGGUGGUGUUCGUGGAACCGACCCAAUUGCCCAGUAGCUCCUUGAGCCAGUUGAGUUCGUGGAACUCCCCUACUGGCAUGUACCAAGGUGAGGGAUGCCGUCCCACGGGCUCUAGCGACGGCUUUUACGGUGGCAGUUACGAAGACGGUUACUACUACUCCGGCUAUGGCUACUGGGAUGACAACUGGUGGUUCACCAGCAAAUACGGCCUGGGCCUGGGCAUCUCCGGUUUAGCAAUUACCCUGAUCUGCUUGCUGGGCUGGAUCGGUAUCGUCUUCAUCUGCGGUAUGAUCGAAGCCUGGGUCCGAUUCCGUCGUCUCAUGACUGGCUGGCAAACCCGCCGCGGUCUACCUCUGUUCUGGGCAUUCAUUCUUCUUCCGUUUUCCCUUUUCUUCCUGUUUUGCUUCCGCAAGGGCUACCGUGCCCGCAGCAAAGAAGACGCCGCGAUUCUCCGACAGAGAUGGGAGGCUAUGGGUUUCAUGACCAAGCUGGGCUUGUUCUUUGCCUGGGGAUUCCGCUUCAAGUACCCGACGGUCUUGGGUCCAGCCCCUGCCCGUGUUGCAGGAAGCAAGAGACCUAAGGAGUCCGGCCCGCGCCUGUUGGAUGCUACACCGCCCACCACUAAUCCUCCCUCGCGCGCUGGGACGGAUACAGGUGUCGCGCCUGCGGGUCCUGAGAUGGCUCAGGCUUCCGACUCUCAAGCCCAGCCCCGUGCUCCUGCACCGGAAUCUGGUGUCCUGCCGGCUGGUCAUGAUGAGGAGGCUGGUCACGCUCGUUGA